AUGGGUUUCGGUCAUAGAUGGAAAGCACGGGUAAAGGAAUGUGUAAGUACAGCCUCUAUGUCAGUUCUGAUUAAUGGGGCUCCGUCCAAGCCGUUCAAGAUGGAGAGAGUUCUAAGACAAGGGGAUCCUCUAUCUCCUUUUCUGUUUGUCCUUGCGGUUGAUGUAUUACAUAGGAUGACUUCAUCUCUUCUCCAAGGACGCCGCCCUCUUCAGCUCUUCUCCAAGGCCGACCGCCUCUGCUCAGCUGCACCAGACCACCAGUCAGUCGCCGUCAAAGCUCACCCGUCACUGCAGCCGGCCGGCAUCGUCACAGCCACCAGUAGCCUCUCUGCUUCAUUACAUAAAUUCCACAAACUGAACUAUUUUGUCUCUUGUUACUACUUCACAGUGAAGUUCCGUGAUAGGGAAGACAAGAAAACUAUUGAUUGUGGGCUUGUGGCGGCUUCUGCAGACCCUUUCAAAGUUCAAAGCACAUGCAGGAAGUCUGAGAUAUUCAAGAAAUUUAUAAACAUGGAUGAUGAGAUUGUUUCUGAGACUCCUAUUCAAACUUCUGGUAGUGUUGAUUCUGGUAAAAAAUCUAAUGUUUGGAGGUUUUUUAAGAAGAUUGGAAAAGACAGAAAUGGUAUUGAAAAGGAUGAAUGCAAUUUUUGUCAUCAUGAAUACAAAAUUGGAAAAAAUCCGAAAACUAAGAAUGCUUACGGGACUUCUCAUCUAAGUCGUCAUAUAGUUUCUUGUAAAUCUAUACCCCUCAAUAUUAGAUUUGAUGAUGAUAUAGAGGGUCUGCCAACUAAAAUUGAUCAGAAUGUUCAUAGAAAAAAACUCGCUCAGGCUAUAGCAAAACAUGAUCUUGCGUUUAGCUUUGUUGAGUAUGAGGGUAUUAGAGAUUGGAUUAAUUACAUUAGUCCAACGAUUAUAAUGCCUUCUAGAAACACUUUAGUUUCAGAUCUUCAAAUGAUUUAUUCAACAGAGAAAGAGAAAUUGAGGCAGAAGAUGUCUAGGAUACCUAAUAGAAUUUGUUUGACAUCUGAUGUGUGGACAGCAUCUACCACUGAAGGAUAUAUUUGUCUGACAGCUCAUUUUGUUGAUGAGAAUUGGCGACUAGUGAGUAAGAUUUUGAAUUUUUGUCGAAUGAUUCCUCCCCAUACUGGAACCGAUAUGGAAGCAGUCUUAUUUAACUCUUUGAAGCAAUGGGGUAUUGAUAAGAAAGUAUUCUCUAUUACUUUAGAUAAUGCUUCUGCAAAUGACAACAUGCAAAACAUCUUAAAAACUCAUCUACGUAAGCAGAAUAGUUUGCUUUGUGAUGGAGAAUAUUUUCAUGUGCGUUGUUCCGCUCACAUUUUAAAUUUGAUUGUACAAGAAGGGUUAAAGGUGGCUGCUGGAGCUUUAUUUAAAAUCAGAGAGAGUGUGAAAUAUGUGAAAGCUUCUGAUGGGAGAAAAAUGAAAUUCAAAGAUUGUGUGCAGCAAGCAGAAAUUGAAGAAGGUGUUGGUCUAAAAUCAGAUGUUCCAACUCGAUGGAAUUCUACAUAUAUGAUGUUGGAAAGUGCAAUUAAAUUUGAAAAAGCGUUUGACAUCCUUAGUGUUGUAGAUGGAGCUUAUAAAGAUUGUCCGACAAAUGAAGAAUGGAGCUUAGCAAAAAAAAUAAUGAAGAUGAAGUUUGAUAAAUAUUGGAAGGAUUAUAGCACUAUCUUGGCUUUUGGGGCAAUUCUUGAUCCUCGAUUAAAGUUAAAGUUCUUGAGGUUUUGUUACAAAAAACUAGAUCCUUCAACCUUUAAUUGGUUGAUUUUAGAUGAUGAAAUUGGUGAAAUUCAUGAAGAAGAAUUGUCAACAGCAAUGAUGCAUCCCCCUCAACAUUCAUGA